GCAGAGAGGGCCCUUUGUUGUCCAAUCGAAUCGAGAUUCUGAGUAUCCAGAGUCCGUACCCGUCUCUCCAAAUUCAAAAAAAAAAAAAAAGAAGCCCUGGAGGUAGAGCCUUGGGCGCAUUCCCAACUCUCUCCAAUUGCUCUGCUUCUAGGGUUUCAGUAAGAAAUGGGAAGCCGAAAAGAGGAAGAGCGGAACGAGAAGAUCAUACGAGGUCUUAUGAAGCUUCCUCCCAAUCGAAGAUGCAUCAACUGUAACAGCCUGGGUCCUCAGUAUGUGUGCAUCAACUUUUGGACUUUUGUUUGCACGACUUGCAGUGGCAUCCAUCGUGAAUUCACUCAUCGCGUGAAGUCUGUAUCUAUGUCUAAGUUUACAUCACAAGAAGUCGAGGCCCUUGAAAAUGGUGGUAAUCAGCGUGCAAGGGAAAUAUAUUUGAAAGAUUGGGACCUUCAAAGGCAGCGAUUUCCAGACAGCAGUAAGGUUGAUAAAAUCCGUGAGUUCAUAAGAAGUGUAUAUGUCGAUAGAAAAUAUGCUGGAGGAAGAACCUUGGAAAAGCCUCCAAGAGAUAUGCAGAACCAUAGAAUCCGUGAAGAUGAGACAAGACGUGCCAGUUCAUAUCAUUCUUAUUCUCAAAGUCCACCUUAUGAUUAUCAGUAUGAAGAUCGACGGUAUGGGAAGCAAGCUGCUGCACUUACCAGGAAGCCUGGUUCUGAUCGAGGUCGAUAUGAAGGAAAGUUGUCUAGUUUUGGUUACAGUGCUGAUCGUUUAAGUGAACAAAUGUAUGAGGACAGGUUUGCAAAUGAUGGCUCAAGAGUUUCAGAUUACUCUGUGUCAAGUGGAGGUGAUGCAUUCAGAUCUGGAGUACAGUCUCCUAAUUUUCAGAAGGACAUUGGAUCUAGCAGUCCAUCUUUCCAGCCUUCGCAGGAUAAUAGUGAUGUAAGGUGCCAAGCAAAAAGUACAGUUUUGGAGGCAAAUGUCAACAGAGAUGCAGGGGUCAUGCCAUUUUCGCAGAGAACUUUAUCCUCGGGAAGUUUUGGCUCAGUGGAUAGCUAUUCCAUGUCUCUCAAGUCAUUUAAUUCAGGCGGUUUAACAGAUGCUGUAUCUGAACCCGAACAAUAUGCUGGAGCCGUCCAGGAUAAACCAACUUCUUUAUCAUCUCUUUUUGGAACUUCCGAUAGUUUGGAUCUCUUCAAAGCCCCGGUUCAACCAGAAGAAAUCUCUUCUGCUGCUUCAUCUAUUGAUUUGUUUCAGUUACCAGCCGCAUCUUCAUCUCUUUCCAUAGAUUCAUUUCAACCUUGUGUAUUGUCUUCUGCUACGUCUUCGAAUGUAUACCAACCUCCUCAGACAUCAACACCUUUGGAUUUAUUUGCUGAUUUUCCUCAGCACCUGUCAACUUCCAAACAAGUGCAAGAAUCUGUCCCUAAAAGUGAAGGAUGGGCAACUUUUGAUACACCUCAGCCCUCAGCUUCUAUUUCAGGGACUGAUAAUAUUAUACCUGCAAAUAUAACUUCCAAUGAUGGAGCUUCUAUUGGAAAUUUUGAUCUAUUCUCGUCAUCAAAUACAGGCAUGCAGUGGCCAUCAUUUGCGAAUAUUUCUAAUCCAUGGACUGAUAAUUUGCACGAAUUUACAGCUCCAAAUACCACAGCAAGUCCUCAGUCAUGGAAUGCUUUUGAAGAUUCUGUUGGACACCUUCCUUUGGAGGGCACCAAGAAGAGUAGUGAAUCAGUAGCAACAGACGAGCUUUUGUCAGCUGGUGACCAGUAUUUGGGAGUCAUAAUUUCUGAGGACUCUAGUACAGAUGGGAUUCAGAGAGCUGCCUCCCAAGGUGAACCCCGUGAUCCUGGUCUGCCAUCACAUGUCUUGGGGCCAUCAUAUACUCCACAAGUGCUUCCUCAUAUGGGAGAAAUUAAUUCGCAUGCCUCUGACUACAGAUCAAAUAACCCUUUUGAUCUGCCUUACGAUACAGAUCUGGAGCAGACCAAUAUGUUUUUGGACAUGAGCUCUUUACAAGCAUCUCUGCCAAAUGCUCAGUUGCAGUCCUCUUUUCUCAGUGGUGUAUCUCAACCAUGGUUUCCUGAGGGUGGCUUAACGUACUUGCCAGGGCAAGCACAGAGUACUCAAAUACAGAACGUACCUACACAGGGUCCUGUCGCAUCCAUUGGAGGAAAUCCUUUUGCAUAGUACCAUAAUAAUGGCAGUACUAUAAUAAUGGCAGAAUAGUCAUUGGGUCAUUUUUAGUUGGUAGUGUAAUUUUUAAUGGUAUUAUUUUGUUUGUAACUUAUGGAAAAUAAAAGCUCGCUUUCAUCCUACCUCCCAGGCCGUCAAAAAAGUUAUGUUUCACAUUGAGAUCUUUGUGUUUGUAUCAUAUGUUGCAUACCUUAGAAGUUAAACACUAGUGCAUGAUUUUCUUUUAUCAA